CUGAAUUGUCCUGCUAAUGCAAUGCAAGUUUUUAAUAAUACUAAUAAGCAGUUACAUGUUAUGAUCUAGCAAAAUUACAGUCAGGAUAGUGAAAUCCUUAUUUAUUGAGAGUUUCUUAUGGCAGUUGUUGUUACGGUCAUUUUCACAACUGCACUGGCGACUUAGAGUUUGCUGUCUAUUUUAAAUAAGUGCCACUGAAAUAUGAUAUGGUAUCUUUUAUCUUUGGGGAAUACUUUCAGCCUUGUUGUGGUGUCUCAGAAUGGUGUUUAAUAAUAAGAAAAAAAAACAAUUAGCAUCCCAAAAUAGAUGUCAGACAGGCCCAUGUGAUCUGGAGUGAAAUAAAAUAAGUAGCUGUCUCUGGGGUGAUUAGACGACUUAGUGUUGAUAAUAGCCUCAUGAAAUGUCCUCGUCUAAAUGGUUAGGCUGUCAAGGGCAAACCUACCGAGGGGAUCAGAAACAGCUGGCAAGUGAUACAACGGCGUUGAUAAACUUAGCUUUGAUAGGGAAAUGUAGCCGCGCUCUGCACAUGGAAGCAUUAAAAUGAUUUAAGGGACACUGGAAUAGAACGUCGUGGCCUGGCACUAAACAUCAGGGGUGAUAAAAUAGAGAGAGGGAGAAAGGGAGGAAAGGUUGUGCGGUGGCCAUGACAACAGCAAACCAUAACUUCACCUAUUCACCGUGACUGAGCAGUAAUUUGCCAGUAAACUCUCAAUCCUUUCCCUUUGCAGCAUGGCUAGUACAUCAACAGAGAUCUUUCCAUUCAAGGACCAAGAGCUCCCCGCACACCUCCUGUUUCAGUUGAACAUACUGAGACAGGAGCAGAUCUUCACCGAUGUGAUCUUGUGCACCGAAGACAAGGAGAUCCCAUGCCACAGGAACGUCUUGGUUUCCAGUAGCCCAUACUUCCGAGCCAUGUUCUGCAGCAACUUCCGGGAGAGCAGCCAGGCUAGAGUGGACCUGAAAGGCAUCGCAUCGGAGGUCAUCGAAUGUGUUGUGGAUUACAUCUAUACUGGUACCAUCACCAUCACCAUGGAGCUGGUGCUGCCCCUGAUGCAGGCGGCCUCCAUGCUGCAUUACGGGAGGCUCUUCGAGGCCUGCUCCACCUUCCUACAGGAACAGCUCAAUCCGGAAAACUGCCUGAGCAUGAUCCGGCUCUCAGAGAUCCUUCACUGCGAAAGCCUCAAGGAGAGAGCCAAAGAAAUGGCUGUGCGGUGUUUCUCGGAUGUAGCUGCUUCUGAGGACUUCUGUGAACUCUCUCUUCCUGAGCUAAUGUGCUACCUGGAGGACGACCGACUGUGCGCGGAGGAAGAGCAGGUUUUUGAGACAUUACUUGCUUGGAUCCACCAUGACCCCUUUUCCCGGCGAGGAGCUAUUCAUGACCUUUUUAAGAAGGUCCGUUUGCGGUACAUCCAUCCGACAUACCUCUUCCAGUUUAUCGCCAAUGAUCCGCUCGUCCAGUCGUCUACGCUGUGCACCGAGAUCAUCGAGUCUGUACGACGUCUGAUGUUUUCCGUAAGUGCCAAAUGCACUCAAGAGCUGAAGCCACUUUGGACCACACCGCGUCGUUACACGUGCCGGGAGACUCUGGUGGUGGUUGGAGGCCGCAAGAACAAUGAACAGACGUCUCGAGAGGCGCUUCUCUACGAUGAACGGACACAACGGUGGCAGUGGCUCGCCAAACUACCUCUGCGACUCUACAAGGCGGCGUAUGUGUGUAUUCACAGCAUUCUGUACGUGGUUGGUGGCCUCAGUCUUAGUCUGGUAUCUGGAGACAGUGCAGUUAGCGCCACAGUUUAUACUCUCUCAUUGAAGACCAACCAGUGGAGGACCGCCGAGCCCAUGCUGGAACCACGUUACGCCCAUCAGUGCGUCUCCUACCUUCACUUCAUCUUCGCUCUUGGUGGAAUAGGGCCGGAUAAGCAGAUCUCAAAUAUGGUGGAGCGCUACAACAGCAUGUUCAAUCAAUGGGAGGCCAUGGCGCCGAUGCCCACAGCAGUCCUACACCCUGCAGUCGCAGCCAACGAUCAGAGGAUUUACGUGUUUGGAGGCGAGGAUGCCUUGCAGAAUCCAGUGAGACAAAUACAGGUUUAUCACAUCUCCCGCAACUUGUGGUCUAGACUGGAAACCAGGACAGUGAAGAACGUCUGCGCACCUGCUGCUGUGAUAGAAGACAAGAUUUAUAUUGUUGGAGGAUACACAAGAAGAGUGAUUGCCUAUGACACCAAAGCUAAUAAAUUUGUGAAGUGCACCAACAUGAAGGAGAGAAGGAUGCACCAUGCGGCCACAGUCAUCAAUAACAAACUCUAUGUGACCGGAGGACGUUUCCUCAACAGUCAUGAUGUCAUCGAAGACUCAGACUGCUUUGAGUGCUACGACCCUAAAACAGACGUGUGGACUUCUAAAGGAUCGUUACCGUACAAACUGUUUGAUCACGGUUCACUGUCGCUGAUUUGUGUCUCCAACCGCCCCAACCCACCAUGACUGCUCAGAGAACACAACAUCUCUGCUUGGGCGUCCCGUUCGCUCCCCUGCUCAUUAAGGGAAAUUAGAAAUAUGGGGCCACAGCUGAGACUGGAAACCAUCUGAGGAAGAUUGCAUUCGUUUGUGGGUUGAGUACAUCUCAGCUGUGGCUUUGAUGGUAUGCUGCUGGUGCUCGCCAGCAUCUGUGCCGUCUUAAAUCAAAAGAGAUUUGAGCUGGCAAUCGCAAGUGUCACAGUGGACCUCAGGGAGUGAGCCCAGGACCUCAGAGCAAAACGGCAGACUUAUGCAAUGUACAGCUGUCCCUGAAGAACUGUGACCCGAAAAUCUUCAGACAGAUGUUUCUCAUCAUAAUCUCCUUCUCUCAGAAUGGCUAGAGCAGCCCAAUUUUAGUCAAUAGUGCCUUGUUAGCAUGAAUUUAAUUGGAAUAUGACAAUAAUUGUAUAUGACAAUCUUUUUAGCCAGUGUAAAAUCUACAAGCAUAAGGACAUGACUGUUUGUUGAAGUAAUCGGUGAAGUGAAGAGCACAUUCCCUGAGAGCUGUGGUGUGUGGUCAGUUUUAUGUAAUUAACGAAGGCCAAAAACGAACCUAAUGGAUCAUGAAAUGCUUGAUGUACCAUGCAUGCUAAAAGUAUGUGGACACCUGAUUCUAAUUAACAUGGUUUACUAUUUCUGCUACACACACACAUAUCUAACAGAUGCAUAAAAUCAAGCAUACAGCCAUGCAAUCUGCUGAGAUGAACAUUUUCAGUAUGGGGCCCUUUUCUGUUCCAGCAUUACAAUGAACCCAUUUCGGGGUUUGGAACAUGGAAAUUAACUGGGGUAAACUUUUAUAGAUGUACAAGGGUGAUUAUAUUCAAAUCAAAUAUGCUUUUGGAUUUCCAAUUGCUCCAUCAGCAAAAUGAUAAUAAUAAAAAAAAAAAAUCAACAGCAGUGGUCAAGUCAAACUUUUUGACGCGAAGGUCCCAUCUUAUUUUAGGGACAGCAACUAUUAGCAUUUUAGCAAG